AGGACGAGCGAUCUGUGUUACAAGGGGUGGGGUGGAAUGUCCCUGUCCUUGGCAGAUGGUCUUACCCAGUGUGCAUUGUUCCUUUAGUGUCUCCUUUAUCCGCUGUAAUUGGAUCCUGGAGAGAGCCGGCGAGCAAGGGAGGGGCGGAGGGAGGCUGGGCGGGAUUGCUAGGGGAGGCAAAUUAGUCCCGAGGCUUCGGCCUGCACCUCCCUCGCCUGUCAAGCAUUUGAUUUCAUUGUUUCGGGCUGAUGUCACUCCCAGUUGUCACAGACGCCUCUCCGGGUGACAAUGUGGGACUAGGAGAAGGCACAACAAGGACCCCCCUGGACAUACCUCAAAGAUUUGGCACCUUCAACACCUUCUAGACCCUGGGUGUUGGUUUCCUUAGAAGCAGAUCCAUGCAUUCCUACACCGUGGCAUCACCAGACAGCAUGAGUGGCUCUGAUAAUGGACUCGAUGAAACAGAACUCAGCAUCACGCUCACCCUCCGAAUGCUUAUGCAUGGGAAGGAAGUUGGCAGUAUCAUAGGCAAGAAAGGAGAGACUGUAAAGCGGAUACGGGAACAAAGUACAGCCAGGAUCACAAUUUCAGAGGGAUCCUGUCCUGAGCGGAUCACCACUAUUACAGGAUCCACUGAUGCUGUUUUUAGAGCUGUUUCCAUGAUUGCCUUCAAGCUUGAAGAGGACCUGGGAACAGGAGCUGCCAAUGGAGGAACUAUCUCCAGACCACCUGUUACCCUGAGGCUGGUCAUCCCAGCCAGCCAGUGUGGCUCACUCAUUGGCAAAGCAGGAGCCAAGAUAAAAGAGAUUCGAGAGACCACAGGAGCACAAGUCCAGGUGGCUGGAGACCUUCUCCCCAACUCCACUGAGAGGGCUGUGACGGUCUCUGGAGUACCAAAUGCCAUCAUCCAGUGUGUGCGACAGAUUUGCGCUGUUAUCCUGGAGUCACCACCAAAGGGUGCCACUAUUCCCUACCACCCCAGCCUGUCCUUGGGAUCAGUUCUUCUCACAGCCAAUCAGGGAUUCUCCAUGCAAAGGCAAUACAGUGGUAUAUCACAAGCAGAGGUGACAAAGUUGCAACAGCUUUCUGGGCACCCUGUCUCAUUCUCUUCCUUGGGGCAAGCUCCAUCAAUAGUAACAGCCCUGGAUGCAAACGCUCAGAAUAGUUCUCAGGAAUUCCUGGUUCCCAAUGAUCUCAUUGGCUGCAUCAUUGGCCGUCAGGGCAGCAAGAUCAGCGAGAUCCGGCAGAUGUCCGGAGCACACAUCAAAAUUGGGAACCAGACUGAGGGCUCUGCUGAGCGUCAUGUGACCAUCACAGGCACCUCAGUCAGCAUCACUUUGGCUCAGUAUCUCAUCACAGCCUGUUUAGAGACGGCCAAAUCUACCUCCCAGACGCCCCCUGUUGACCUCGGCAUGACUUUCUCCCAGCCCCUCACCCCUUCGCCAACCCCAACGCUGACAGCAGUAGCCGCACCUCCCCCAGCCUUGCUUGGUGCCCCCUAUGCCAUCUCCCUCUCCAACUUCAUUGGCCUGAAGCCUGUCCCCUUCUUGACGCUGCCCCCUUCCCCAGCCACGGGGCACAAUGGCAGCCUUGCCACCUACACGACCAAGAUCUCAACAGCCAAUGGCAGCAAGAAGGCUGAGAGGCAGAAGUUCUCCCCAUACUGAAACAGGAAGUGGUGGGGUGGUGGGGUAGGGAGGGAAAACCUUUGGGGACCCUCACGUGCUUUGUAAGAUAGCGUUGGCAUCAGGCCAAAGCGAGGCUAUGCGGGGAAAGACUAAGUAAGAUGUGAGGGGGAAGGCCAGUUGUGUAGGAUGGGAGCGAGAAUAACCUAGACAGCUCUUGAGAGCGGUGGUGGCCAAGAUUCAGUCGCGGAAAUGGUUCUUCUGCAGAGCUCUCACCUGAUCCUGGCUAAAGAGAUGUCUGUAGUGGGUAAGACCAUCUGAGCCUCAUAGUUUUGCCUCCGUUGAACAAAUUUCUGCCCCGCACUACAAAGUGUUGUUUUCCUUUACCUUCCAUAAACCUAUCUGAACUCCUUCAGGGAAGAAGUUUCCCGUCAUGUUUUUAGGAAACCAUGUUACUGAAGGACAAUUGGAAUCCCACAAGAAAACUUUGUACUAUGUUGACAGAGCUAGAAGUCUUGGGAAAGGUUCCAUCUUGACUGUUGCACUAGUUGGAGCUUGUUAGACCUUUGGUGGCGAUAACGGAGAAUAUGCUAUGCUGCUAUGUCUCAUGGGCUGCAUUUUCAAGAGCAGAACUGGAAAGGGUUCCGAUUUGUAUAGAACUGGACACUAUGUAGAUCCUGGAAAUCACAGAAUGUACCAGAAAGGGAAUUCUUCAGUAUUUCGUCCCUAGCACCUUUCCUAAUAUACAAAGCCAGCCGUGUGUCUUAUUAUAGCUGGAUAAGAAUAUUAGGGGGGAAGGGGGUAGUUUUCAUGACUCAAACUCCCUCAAGAUUACUAGAAUAAAAAGUGGUUGAAAUGAAUUAGUUUCACCCUCUAAUAUUCAACAUGAACUGGCACAGCAAAUGUAAGAGCCCUGCUGGAUCAGACCAAAGGCCCAUUUAGUCCAGCAUUCCAUCCCAUUCACACAGUGGUGGCCAACCCAGAUGCCCACAGGUAUCUAUUUGGCUUUCCUCAUUGAAAGACAGAGCGACUCCUUGCAAAUAUUACUGAUCUAUUAUAAGAUAAGAGCCACUACUGGCUGCCAGUCUCAUAUAUAUUUGGCAGGAUGUGUAAUAUCUUGUCACUCAUCUUUGAAUUUAUCUCUUGCUGUCAUGGGAUGACAUCUCCAAUAAGUGCUUACUAAUUUUGCUCUCCUCACUUGCAGUGCAACUCUAAGCAUGUUUGCUCAGAAAUAAGCCCCACUGUGCUUACUUGUUUGAUAGUAGAUAUAGGAUUGCAUCCUUAAUGACCUUUGUAAAUUCUGCCACAUUUUAUUCUCUGAAAAGUUCCCACCUUAUCAGCCCUUCUCCCUGUCUAUCAUUAUUGAAGGGCACUUUUCUAGUCAAAAUAGGCCCAUAUAAGUGGAGAGGUGACACCCUGAGACCUCAAGUUGAAGCAGAACCCCAUCUUGAUGGCUUCUGAUUAAAGUUACUGACAUGUAUGUGUGACACUUACACAUGUGACCUAAACAGAUUGCCAUCCCAGCAGCAUAUAAUUUAUGAUAGUGCAUCCAGUAAUUUAUCCCCAUGGAUUAAAUGCACUAUAUAGCCAAGGAUCCCAUGGCCAGUUUCUUAGCUGGCUUGUAAAUUAGUGAGGCUUCACCUAAGUGGGUCAGACUGUUAGCUAAUAUAAAUUGGUGUUUUGUGUUGCUUCAGUCAAACACUGCAGCAUUGAUUGCAAACACUUUAUAAGGCAUUGUAUGGAAUGUCACUGUUGAAUGGAUCUGUGGGGAACUGGUUAAAAACAUACACAACAAAACCCCAACUUGGCUCUGUCUCUGCUCCUAGUGGUGAACCACUGGCUCAUGAUAAGGAAAGAUUAGCCCCUGGGCUGGGUGGAGUGUCUGCAUACAAAAUAUAAAAUAAGUUAAAAUUCUGCAUGUGGUCAGUCCAAAUCCUGUACUAUGGAAAGCUCAUUUCUGUGGCCUGUAUAAACUAUACCAAUGUGCAUACAUGUCUCCUGUUUUGCAUUAAGCUGGAUUUGCUGUUUGUGGCAGGAACAAGGCACUGAAGCCCCACCUGAAGCCACUCAGAAUUGUGUUUCGUGGGCAUAUCUCACCCACUUAGAAGCACAUCUUUGGAGCACAUCUGGUCCUUUUGGGGGGCUCCUUUGGGAAUCACAGGUUACACACGGCCCUGGUUAUGUUGAGCUCAUACUAUACCAAAGCUGUCAGAAGAAAAAAGCCCAUCAAGCUGUAAAAAGGAGACAAAUUGGGGUUUAUUGGGUAAUACCUAUGCAACUAUUUACAACUUCAAGAAGCAAAGGUAUCUUUGUUUACUGUCUAAUUUGCCCUCGGUUACAAAUUGAUUUGGUGGUAUGAGCUAGAUCACCUGUGGCUGUUCAGGUGCUUGCGACUGAAUAGCUGCAACAAAUCUGAGGAAAUACUUUAGAUGUGUGUAUUUAAUGCAGCCAUCCCCAAGCUUGUGCCCUCCAGAUGUUUUGAACUACAACUCCCAUCAUGGCUGGGGCUGAUAGGAGUUGUAGUACAAAACAUCUGGAGGGCAACAAGUUGGGGAAGGCUCUUCUAAUGGGUCAGAUUCUCAGAUGAUGUAAUCCAGCGCUGAGGCAUCCCAGUAUUUUGAUUCCACAAAAAAAAGGAUGGAGCCCAAAAUUCGUGUUUCCACAAAUCAAUCUAACCAGUUGUCCAUUUGGCAUUGUUCCCUGGCUGGUACCAAUCUCUCUCAUUUCCCUCUACCACUUGCUGGCAAAAAAGCUCCCAUCUUUUUUUCCAGCUGCUCUGAGAAGUGUACCUUCCCCAUCCCAUGAUCUUCUUUGGUUUGUCUUUGAAAAUGCUGUACAUAUAAUUCUAUAUUUUUCCUCCUUUGUAACUUAUCAUUGGUUUAAUAAAAAUGCAGACUUU